AUGGUGAGAGAUCCGAUCGAUCGAUCCCAGUGCAGUGCAACCCUCGGCGGCAGAAACCCCACAACGCCAGUGGAGUUGCUGCUCCGUGAAGCAAACCACCGCGACGCGACGCCACCUGCUAAUCAACGUGCCAUCUUCCAGCUCGACGUCUAGCUAAGCUAGCCCCGCCUCCAUGGCAGCAUGGCACCCCACCAUUCCUCUCUUCAUCCCCUCGCUCUCGCUCCUCAUUAUAUAAAUAAUAACCCACACUCUUAUACCUCCAUUGCAAUAUAUAUGCAUGCGCAUCAAGAUCAAGAAUAAUCCAGCGCCACACGGGAUCGACCUAGUACAUAGAUACAACAAGUCAACAACGUACUAACUAGCCCACCAUGGCGUCACGCCUCGCCGCCGCCCUUCUCCUCGCCGUCGUCGCCCUGCUGACGUCCGUGGCGCCGCUGGCGUGCGGCCAGGCAGCGUCGGCGCCGUCCCCAGCCCCCGCGCCGCCCAAGACCAUCACGGCGAUCCUGAGCAAGGCCGGGCAGUUCACCAAGUUCCUCCAGCUGCUGCAGUCGACGCGGGAGGCGGAGCAGAUCACCAACCAGCUCAAGGGCAAGCCGUCCAACGGCGGGCUCACGGUGUUCGCGCCGCCCGACAGCGCCUUCUCCGCGCUCCCCGCCGGCACGCUCAACUCCCUCUCCGACCAGCAGAAGACGUCGCUGGUGCAGUUCCACGUCGUGUCCGCGGCGCUCCCCGCCGCGCAGCUCGAGACCGUCAGCAACCCGCUGCGGACGCAGGCUGGCGACACCGGCAGGGGCAAGUACCCGCUCAACCUCACCGCGGACGGCUCCAGCGUCAACGUCUCCACGGGGGUCGUCAACGCCACGCUCGACGCCACGCCGCUUUACGCCGGGGACAGGCUCGUCGUCUACCAGGUCAGCAAGGUGCUGCUGCCGUGGGCGCUCUACGGCCCGCCGGUCCCCGCGCCGGCCCCUUCCCCGGCGGAGAGCAAGAAGAAGAAGAAGGCCACGCCGGAUGCUGUGGCGGAUGCGCCGGCGGCUGAGACUGCGGCGGGGACGACGACGGCGUCGGCGGCCGCGCGCGCGGGAGGGACCCCAGCUGGCGUCCGAGCUGCUUCGUCCUGCGUCGUGGCGCUCGCCGCCGUGGCAGCUUUGUGGUGGGCUAUCUGACCACGUACAGUACAGUAAGGAUGCAUGCGUGUUUUGCCAUCGUGGAGCUUCUUUCCGGACAGAUUUGUUUCUAAUUCAUCAAUCGACCAGUUCAUUAUUCUUUUCUUCGUUUUAUAAAAAAAGAUGUAUUGUGGAUGUAUUUGGUGGCGUUUUGUAAUGUUUGUAUUGUAUACUUUGAAGAACUGUACAUCAUAUUUUGUGGACGUAUAUUGUUAUCCAAUUGUAUUAAUGUGGACAUUAUUUGCUUA